AUGACUAACUCUACACAAACUUCAUAUUUCAUGUUUGCUGCCUACUUUGACACUGGGCUGUUUAAACACUUAUGUUUCUUGAUCGUCAUGUGUCUCUACAUGUUGAUUAUCUGUGCCAACGUCCUGCUGAUUGUGGUUAUCUGUGUGAACAGAAGCUUACAUGAGCCUAUGUACAUGUUUCUGUGCAGCCUGUUUGUAAAUGAACUGUAUGGUAGUACAGGGUUGUUUCCAUUGCUGCUGCUUCAGAUCCUCUCUGACAUUCACACUGUUUCUGCUGCAGUCUGUUUACUACAGACAUUUUGCUUGUACUCUUAUGGAGGUGUAGAAUAUUUAAACUUAGCCGUCAUGUCUUAUGACAGAUAUCUUGCUAUCUGUUAUCCUCUACAAUAUAAUAUGCAAAUGACAUCUCAUAAGAUUGCCGUGCUUAUUGCGUUAACAUGGUUAUACCCUUUGAUAGUGUGCAUUUGCAUGAUAUUUAUGACUUCCUCUUUACAGCUGUGUGGGAACAUCAUAAACAAAGUUUACUGUGUCAACUACUCUGUUGUGAAGCUGGCAUGCUUUGACACCAAUGUCAUUAAUAUUUAUGGACUCAUAACUUCUUUUGGUACAAUCUUUGGUGCUUUAAUUUUAAUCUGUUACACGUAUAUAAAGAUCCUUAAAGUUUGUCUUUUGGGUUCUAAACAGACCAGACAGAAAGCUGUCAGUACCUGCACACCUCACCUCGCCUCUCUGCUCAACUUUUCUGUUGGUGCUUGCUUUGAAAUAGUUCAGAACAGGUUUGAUAUGACUGGUGUUCCCAAUAUGUUGCACAUCUUUUUAUCAUUGUAUUUUCUCACAUGUCCUCCCCUCUUUAACCCUGUGAUAUACGGCCUUAAACUGUCUAAAAUUCGUGUGACAUGUAAAAAUCUGAUUUUAAACGUAGGCUGUUAG